GUCAUCGUUUUUCUGUCCUCCGACAAGACGCCAAAUCCGGGACCUAGGUAUCGACCGGGCUGAAUGCUCUUCUCAGCCAACUAAACAAUCUUCUUCCCGUGUACCAUAUCUUAUCUCUUAACCGCCGCGCGUCGCAUCCUCCCAUUCGCUCCCCCACCACUUAACGCGACAAGGCUGAUCAAGCUCUCGACCCCGCGCAACUCGAAGCUUUAAAUCGCACCAGCCUUCGACGUUGAGCUUCUAGGUCUGCUCAACUGAGCCUUUGAGCCCGCCGAUCAACUCAGCCUUUUACUCGCUUUUCAUCCAAACCUUCCUCGUCAUAACGCAUCUCUACCGCGAACCGCGACCCCAAUCCUCCAUCACCUCCAUCCACCUCACCUUCUCUCACAACCUCACCACCACCACCCUCACAGCCGGGCCUCAAGCCCACCCACCCGCAGCCCACCAUGGAACCCCGCGCCCGCGCCGGCAAGAAUGUCGGCAAAAUGAACUUUAACCACAACGAACUAGCCCAACUCCUCUACGGCCACGGCGACCUGAAAAACCCCCUCCCGGAAACCGUGCGCGUGCUCGACGAGCUCAUCACCGAUUUCAUUCAAGGCGUCGGCUUCGAAGCCACGCGCGCCGCCCACCACGCCGGCCGACAAAAAGUCAAGUUUGAAGAUUUCGAGUUUGCCAUGCGGAGGAACCCGCGGUUCAUGGGCAAGAUCCAGGAGGUGUUUGAGAAGAAGAAGGAAAUCGAGGCGGCGCGUAAAAACUUUAAUAUUGAGGAUCAGUUGAUGAAGGAUGCGGAUAAGGAGGAG